AUGCAACAUCUCAAAUCAGCUAUACAUAUAGGUGCUAACAAGAUUUCAUAUAAUCCAUUUACUCUACGUGAUCUUCACUUUAGUAUACUUAUCAGCAAUAUAUUGACAUAUGUGAUUGAUAGUAUAAAAAGAACAUUAACUAAAGUUAAGAAAAAACCCAACGUAUCUAAUAAUAUAACAGCUUACAAAUAUUGGCAUCUUUAUAGACCUAAAAUUGAAUCUCUUCUAUGUCCAGCUUUGAUAAUACUAGCUACUAAUUCAGAAUUUUACAAGGUAUUUCUUAAAGCUGAAGAUGCAUUUUGUAAACUUCCAAAUGAUGUCUCUAUGCAAACAGAAUUUAUUGACUAUAUACACCAAGCAAUUACAAAACCACUUUUAGAACCUCUAAAGGUUCCAAAGACAGCAAUACCAAAAGGUCAUUUAUUAGGAAUAAAAAAUUCUAUUGAUGAUAAAUUUUCCAUAAAUGGCUAA